CCGCGGGGAAAAACAGCCGCUUGGGUGGAAAAGCUCGCUGAGUUCGCUGCCGGCUUCCGGCAACUUCCUGAGACAGCGGCAGGACUGCGGAGAGAGGCGAUUUGGGACGGCGUUAAAGGAAAGCCGGAGGGAUUGGCGAGAACAGCAAAGGAAACUGGGCAGGGUUUGGGACAGCGGCGAAGGAAACCCAGCGGGUGUCUGAGGAGUUGUGGAUUUGCGAAGAAAAGCAGCCCCAGUUUCGAAAAGAGCGGGUUUUCAAGGAAAAAUAAAGUUCCGAGCCGCGUUGGUGAGGAGGCGAGUGGCGGGGCUGCGGGGACAGUGUUAUCCUAUGGCUGCGCGGCGCUGGAGGGGUCUCCCCCUUGGGAAUCUCUCUGAUUGUCCCAAUGGGUCCCGCUGGAUCAUGGAUGUGUUCAAUGAGUGUGCCCAGGACAGCCGCGAUGUCGCCAGCAUCGUCCUGGGGCUGGGCUCCAUCGGCUGCUUCAUCGCUGCAGCCUUCCCGCAGUUUUACCAGGCCUGCAGAACGGGCAUCAUGGACCAGGCUCUCUCCAUCUAUUUCCUGCUGGGAUGGCUGGGCGGAGACCUCCUCAACCUCAUCGGCUCCUUCCUGGCCGAUCAGCUGCCCCUGCAGGUGUACACGGCCAUUUACUACGUGCUGGCAGACCUGGGCAUGCUCUCCCUCUACUGCUACUACCGGCUGAAGAACAGGGGCAGAGCCUUCCCUGCUGCCAUCAAUGCAGCCUUUGUGUUCCUCUCUGUGGGGUCCCUGUCCAGCCUCUGCCUCCUGGGCAGUGCCAGCACCGAGGACCCAACAACCUUCAGAGGGAGAUCUCUGCUCUCAGCUCCUGGGGAGGACCUUGGACCAAAGCCUUUCUCCAGGACUGAGAUCAUCGGAUUCACCAUCGGCUCCGUCUCCUCCGUGCUCUACCUGUGCUCCCGAGUGCCCCAGAUCUGCACCAACUACAAGAGGAAAUCCACCAGUGGGGUCUCCUACUCUCUCUUUGCCCUGGUGAUGCUGGGGAAUUCCCUGUACGGCCUCAGUGUCCUGCUGAAGAACCCAGAGCCAGGCCAGGGCCAGGGUGAUUACAUCCUGCACCACCUGCCCUGGCUCGUGGGCAGCCUGGGGGUGCUGGCCCUCGAUGUGGUUAUCUCCUUCCAGUUCCUGGCCUAUCGGAAAGGACGGCCUGGAGCCCUCGAGGAGAGGAAUGCUCUGCUUGGGGGGCAGGGUGAGAGCCCAGAGAGCUGACAGAGGGCCCUGCCCCCCAGGGAGAGGAGGAGGAGGAGGAGGAUGGACAUGAGGAAGGUGGCCUUAGGGCCGGGCAGACUGGCCCCUCCAUCAUGGUGGUCCUGGCAGAAGAGCCCUGAGCCUGUGGCUGAUGCCUUGUGCUGCCAAGGCAGCCGAGGAUGCUGCUGGGACACCUCGUGCCUCUUGGAUACCAAUGAUGCUUUCAGGAUAAAAGGGAAUUUUUGGAUACCUCAGCUGCUCUUGGCUGCUCCCGUGCCCCACAGCUGAGCCUGGUCACUGCUGCAUCUCCUGAGGGUGACCUGGACUUCCUUGGUGCUGAAAAACGUGGGGAGGGGCCAGGGAUCACUGGCCUGCCACAGACACAGCACCACUGUGACCUCACACCUCCCCUCAGCUCCUUCUGGAGGCACAGGGCUGGACCCAGUGGGGAAGGAGCAGCAGAACCAAAGUGUUCAGUCCACACCAAUUUUAAUGAUCACAGCUCACCCAUAAAACCAUCAUGUUUUAUAAACGUGUCCUUCCAACCUGCCUCCCUUGGUUUCAUUUUGCUGCUUUGCCUGGCAGUUCCUGCCUAAUCAGUCUCACAGCCCCAUUUCUCUGACUUGUCAUUUUUUGCCUCACCCAUGUUUUAAUUGUACAAAUUCAUUAGGGAAGUUACUCCAUUGCUGUUCCCCAGUGGAGGAGCUGCCUCUGCUUGCUCUGGUUUUCAGUUCCUGCCCUCUCUCCUCUGUGAAUUUAUCAACUUGAUGACUUUAUUCUCAACCUGAUGAAUUUAUCCCCAGCACUGCUGAGUUUAUCUGCAACAGUGAUGAGUUUAUCCCCCUCUUGGGGCUUUGAACUCAGCACAGUGUUCCUUGGCCAGGGAAGGAGGGGCAGGUCUGGGACAAGCUGUGUCCCCAUGAGGAAGGAGUGCAGGUGUAGCCAGGCUCCCUCCUGUGUGCUGAGCUCUCCUGCUGGGCAUGGGCAGCUCAGUCUCCCUAGGAAAAUGAGGAAAACCAACCAAAGCUUGGAGACCCUUCAGGAAAAGCUGUCACAGCUUGGCUUUGUGAAAACAAGAGCUUUCCUUUUCCUGCAGUUGCUAUCAGCUCUUCCUUUUGCUUCCUUUCCCCCUCUCCAGCAUGGUGUCCCUUUUGGCUUCAGCUCCAUUAUCAUUAACUGAUGAUUCCUCAGCCAGUCCAUGACGUUUGCCCUUCCGUUUGUCCUUCCUUUCCUUCUCUGCUUUGUCCUCCCACUGAGGACAUCAGUCCAGGCUUCCACAGCUCAGCCUGGAUCUCACAUUCAUGGGAUUCCAACUGCUCAGUGCCCACCAAGCUGCACCAGCAGCUUCACUGAAACAAGAGCUGGGCCAGUGCUCGAGUCUGACCCAGCUGUUUCCAGAAAGGAAACACAUUUUCCAGUCUUUCUUGAGCCCCUUGAAUCAAGUGAGUGGUUUUACUGGAUUAAUUCACAAUUCUGCCCCUCCAGGUUCACAGGCAAGGGGCUGCUCACCUCAUCCUGAAGCCAGCAGCAUUUCCUUUCUUGUCUUUGCCUGGGAAUUAUAGAACAAUUCAUAUCCAGUUUUAAACCAAACCAGGAGCAAAUCCCUCAUCUCUGCCACUCACAACACUAAAUAAUUGUCACUUACUGGCUUUUCUAAACCUGGACAAAGAACCUCUGCCUGCCAUAAGGAGGAAAGAAUGCAUAUAUACACACACACACAUAUAUAUACACACAUAUAGAUAUAAAUCCCACAGUCUGUCCCCACAGGUGUACCUGAAGCACGAGUUAGGUACAAAGCUGAUUUCCUCUGACUUUACUGGGCUGGGCAGGAUGGAGCAAGCAGAGUUUACACACCCACAGCCACCUCAGGGGUGGUUGGAAAUUCCUGAGCUCUCCCCUCCAGGUCACUGCUGCAGCCCUGUCCCUGUGCUCAGGAUUUUCCAGAGGUAAAUGUUAAAGCUGAAAGGCUGAGCAGAAACAAGAGCCCCUGAGGGAGAGGGUAACUGAAAACCUCACCUGGAGUCCCUCUGCCAGGCUCCAGAGCUCACACAAACUUACCUGAAGGUUUGUGUUGGGACAGAACUCAGACAGCACCAAAUCCCAACCCAAUGCCCAAAUCCCCCAGGGUUCCCUGGGGAUCCCAUCCCACAGGCACCCCGGGACCUUGCACAGCCUCUGGGUGACUCUGGCCACCUGCAGGAGUCUGGCUGGGACACAGGUCACGGGACAGAGCAAAUGAGAGCACAUUCAUUAAUCACUGGUAAUGCCAACAGUCCCCACCUGCAAUUGCAGAGGGCAAUUCCCAGGCCAGAUCUUUUAAUUCCCCAGGAUCAGGUUUGCUACAACCAAAACCUGGAGAGCCCCAAAGCUGUGCCAGGUCCCUCUGCCCACCAAGGGCUGGGGAGGGGACACAGGGAGCAGGGAGGAGCUUUUGGGUCACAGGAGCUCCCAGGCUGUUUUUAGCAAAGCCAGCACAGCUGGGCAGAUCCCUCCCCCCUAAACCCUGCUGGACACAGGUUUGCUGGAUGCCUGGAGCAUCAAUCCCAGCACCUUGAAAAGGCAGCAGGGUGAGCAAUGCAGGCCCAAAGGGCAGUGGGACAUCACAGCCCCUUCCAGACAAACAUUUCUGGAUGUGGGACAAAGAACAAACCCCAAGUAACCCUGCAAGGAAGGAAAGAGAAACAAGGAGGACACAAUCACACCACACA